AUGAACGGAGCAACCUCUCAGCCAUGGUCGGUAACCGGCUUCGACCCGGUGACCUCGGCACCAGAUGAGGAUUUUACUAAUUUCCUCGACUUUGGUGACAUGCAAUUGGGAUUUCAAACUUACGAUGGUUUCGACCCCGGAAAUCAAAAUGCUCAGCCUGAUGCCGGCAAUGCGAUGGAUACCACCGCCGACGGUGCCAUAUCCCAGCAACCUGGCGAUAUGCACCAAAUGCAAUCCGACCAUGGCAAAGUGCAGCAGCAGCAGCCGCCAAACCUUGAUCAAGCGCUCGGCGAACCGUUCCAAAAUAACAAUCCUCAGACAAAAAAUAUGCCGCAACACUCGCAAAUUCAGGACCCUCGAUUCAGCAUGAACCCGAUUGUGCCUCCCACGCCGAAUAGCAUGGAGCUUCACGGCGCUGCCGAACGAUAUUUCAACCAAAUGGAUCCUCAUGCGCAAGCGACAAUUGACCAGUACUGCCAGAUGGAAGAUCCGAUGGCAUUCACUCCCCUGGUUUCGCCCGCAGUCACUCCUCUAGAUACCCAGUUUCAGAUGCCGGAGUAUACGAUUCCCGGAAGCUAUUUCAGCCCACUCUCCUCUCCCGCACUCGAGGCCCAAAAUUAUGGGCUCUCUCGUCAAGUUUACAACGUGCACCGCGGCUCCGACGCCUCGGCGACAACUUCGCCUUUGGACCCUAAUAUAAAUUUCACCGGCAACAUGGGAACGCCACCUAGCUCGCUGGCCGCGCAGCAACGUGCCGCGCACAACCCACGCAGAAGGCCCUCUAGCUCACGGAACCCCGCCAGAACAGUUCGCCAGUCGCCGAUUGUAAAAGCUCAACAUCGCCGAAAAGCAACCUCUAGUGCUACUCUGGCUCCCAAGGAUCUCAAGGGACCCCGCGAGUCUGAAAAGCCGGAGCACAAAAUUCUAAAUGUGCCGCACAAGCCCAUUUCUGAAAGCUCCGGAGCUGACUCGGUCUCCCCGGAGCCCCUUUCGGAAUCUCUCAUGGGACCUCCGCCUGUGCCAGGCUCCGGGUCGCGCACGCAAUCAUUAUCCUUUGGGCCGGCGCUGGACUCUGCCGCCGACGAACACAAUUCAGCCCCGAGUGCUGUCGCUCCCGCCACGCCGGCAUCCUUAAUGAGGAUGCCCAAAUCAUCGAACCAGGUCAUUGGGAGCGGCGUUAUCCAGCCCGACUUUGCUUCUACGGGUACUGAAUUCGCACCCUUGCCGGAGCCAGCCAAGGAUAAUUUCAUGCUUCCAGCUGCGGCUACUUCAUCGAGCACCGUACAGCCAUCUCUCGACCGGAUCGAUACGAGCGGUAGCAGUGAAAGCCAGCGCACUCCCACAUUGUCUGGGAAGCGGACCCCAAAACUGGGACCCCUGAGUGCCGGAACCUCAUCUGCACGCUCAAGUCCCCGAUUAGAUGCCAUGGCCUCUCCUAACGGGACUAUGCGGCCACUUGCGGCUCGCACCGCAGCCGGCAAGAAGAGGAACAGUUCCUCACAAGUCAGCCCUGCCUUGCGGCCUCGCAUCUCGCCCAGCAUCAAACCUUUACUCCCUGACGGAGCUUCCGCCGAACAAUCCGCCCGUCUCCUGGCGUCCAAAUCCAACUAUCAGAACAUUCUCGAAGGCACUACUCUACCCGGCGUCUCCUACCCGUCAAAUCUGUCAACAAAUCUCACGUCCAAACGAACGUCGCACAAACUCGCCGAACAAGGCCGCCGCAACCGCAUCAAUAACGCCUUGCAAGAAAUCGCAGCCCUCCUCCCCGCCGCCGCAGCAGGACCAGGAUCAGGACCAGGAUCAGGAUCAAAUCCCGCAAAGAAAUCGCCAUCCUCUGGGGGUUCUGGCGCUGGCGCUGGCGCCGGCACCGAGGCCAGCAAUGCAGCCGCCGCCGCCGCCGCCGUCGCAGCAGACGCACAGCAAAGCAGUUCCAACUCCAAGGCCGCCACCGUCGAGCUCGCCAUCCAAUAUAUCCGCCAACUCCAGACCGAGCUGGCGAACACCAAGGACCGGCUCAAGACCGCAGAAGACAAACUUCACCAACAAAACGGUGUCGAUGCCAGUACGCAUCAUUCCGACCACUCCAAUGAUACCAACCCCACCACCACCCAAACUGCUACCAACGAUCCAAAUCCUCUCCAAUUUUCCUCCUCGUGUUCAAUAUCUUCUGAAACACAUACUCCUCCCAUCAAAGCGUCGCCCAAACUCUCAGCCCUAAAAGGCGACGCGAAAGCCUCCGGGUCCAGAUCUCCGAGAAUAUCCUCCCCGCUCGCAACACAAUCUCAGACACAAAUACAUACCUCUUCUCAUCACCAUCACCAUCACCAUCACGAAGACGAUGACAAUCAAUCUGUCUCGACGCCCUUUUCGGCCGCUUCCUCGUCCCUUUCUCCCGUGUCCUUGUCAAGAUAA